AUGUCCGCGUUCCCCGACUACUACAAACUGCUAGGUGUCUCGCAGACAGCAUCAACAGAUGAGAUAAGACGAGCGUACAAGCUCGAAUCUCUGAGGACACACCCAGAUAGACUGACACAGGCAACUCCGGCAGAGAAGAAAGCAGCCACAGAGAAGUUCCAGGCUGUGGCAGAUGCGUACUAUAUCCUCUCUGAUUCAACCAGGCGCAAGGAGUACGAUAUGUUAUACAAGACGCGGGGUCCACAAGAGAGGACGACCGAUCCGCAUGCUUCCGCAAGUUGGUUCUCCGCAUUCGCAAGUGUGUUCGGCGGUGGCACUCCUGCAUCUGGGGCGGGAGCCACAGAGCAGGAACCCGAUGCGAAUAAUAUCUUCGCGGAUGUCUUUGACGAGCUCCUGCGUCCAGAAGUACAGCGGCGUGCUCCUUGGUUCGCAUGGCUGGGCGGAAUUUGUGGCGCAGGCGUUGGCUUCAUAGUUGCGAAUGUCCCUGGGCUGAUGGUCGGUGCGUACGCUGGCAACCGCUUGGGUGCCAUCAGAGACGCGAAAGGCAAGAGCGUCGCUUCCGUUUUCGCCCAGUUAGGCAGCAAUCAGAAAGCAGAGAUUUUACGCGCUCUAGCUACGAAGGUGCUCGGCGCCGCUGCAAAUUCCUUCUGAGCCAGCUUGCUUGGACAUAGGACAGCUUGAGAUUGAUACCAUUCGCUUUUGAUACCGUCUGAUUAGCGGGUCUAUAAAUUAUUUACUUCUCAACGGGAAGGUUGUGCAUAUAUACACGGAUCGCUAGUCUUUCUGGAUCGAGGCUGAAAGAAAGCUGAAGCUUGAGCUUAAGUCCGGGCGGGGUUCGAGAACGACGGGGUAUGCCAUAUAUGGUGCGAGUCCUCCGCGUUGAGAAGCCACACACGAUGAUUCGGGUGCAGUGCUGUCGUUAACCUCAGGCCAACUUGCGGAGAGUUAUCCCGCGCGUUUCUCGCAAUCUGACCUUCUUCGUAGACAACUUGCUCUGGAUCAGUAG